AUGGAAGAAAUAAGAAAUGAACCAUGUUCUGAUAGGGAAGAUAGAAUCAGUAGGUUGGAAGAUGCAUUGAUUCACUACAUCCUGUCUUUCAUUGAUCCUAAAUAUGCAGUACAAACCAGUGUCUUAUCGAAACGAUGGAUUGAUAUCUGGAAAUCUCUCACUUUUCUAAGCUUCUAUAGGAGUUCAUUUUCACAAGACAAAAAAGAUAGUUUUGUAAUGUUUGUUGACAUGGUAUUCAUUUUUCGCCGGAAAGACAUUGAUGUUCAGAGGUUUCGUUUGGAUUGGAGUGACUCAGCGUAUGAUGAUUCAGUGACAGUACAUGUUAAUAGAUGGUGCCUUAAUGCUAUUGGGUAUAAUGUUCAAGAAGUAAGAAUAUUAAUCACUCAGUUUUAUAAUUCGGCAUAUGAAUUUCCUCACCGUCUCUUUAAUUGUAAAUCACUGAGAAUGUUGGUAAUAGAAGUGUGUGGUAAUGCCAGAUAUGUAGAUGUUAUUCUACCAAGAUCAAUGAAUUUACCUCAGCUUAAAGUACUGGCCUACUGUGGAUUAUCAAUCUCCGGUGUAGAAUUUUCUAAAAGUCUCUUUCCAAGUUGUCCAGUUCUUGAAACGUUACACGUAGUUGAUUUUGAUAUACACAAUGAUAAAGGAAGGAAUUUGAUUGUUGUUUUUCUCUCAGCCUUAAGGAGUUUAAGUAUGCUUUUAGACAUCUUUUGCAGCAAAAUGAUAGUAUGGUUAACAUUGUCAAAUUAUCUGCUCCAAAUCUGGCAGCAUUCACUUGGAGAUUUUUCUUGA